AUGCGCGCCCGCUUCGUCAAUACGACGGCGCCUGCGCUUCACAGCGUCUGGACGCGGCCGUCUCGCCCACGGCUGUGGACAUGCAGCUCCUGCUCCCGCCUGGCGCGAAGCACGCCCAAUCGACCGCUCGCGUUACAGUCGGCUCCCGACCAAAAGCCAUACUACAUCACCACACCCAUCUUCUACGUCAAUGCUGCCCCCCACGUCGGCCACCUCUACACGCUGGUGCUCACCGACAUCCUCAAGCGAUGGCGGGUGCUCAAGGGAGAGAAGGCCCUCAUGUGUACGGGGACGGAUGAGCACGGCUUGAAGGUCCAGCGCGCGUCCGCGAAAGCUGGCAUCGAGCCCAAGCUGUUCUGCGACAAGGGCGCCGCCAUCUUCAAAGAACUUGCCGCGAAGGCCCUCAUCUCCAACGACCACUUCGUGCGUACGACAGACUCGGACCACAAGGACGCCGUCGCAUAUGCAUGGUUCUUGCUUCAAGAGAAGGGUCUUAUAUACACCAAGAAGCAUGAAGGAUGGUAUUCUGUGUCCGACGAGGCCUUUUAUCCGCAAUCGGUAGUGCAGCCGUACCUCGAUCCGCCAACUGGCCGGAAGAUCAUGACGUCGGUCGAGACUGGUAGUGAAGUCGAGUGGUCUUCGGAAGAGAAUUACCACUUCCGCCUCUCCGAGUUCCGUGAACCACUUCUACAGUUCUACGGAGAGAAUCCAGAGUGGAUCACACCCGCACAUCGGAUGAAAGAUGUCGUGCAAGCCGUCGAAUCGGGUCUAGAGGAUUUGUCCAUCUCGCGCCCCUCAGAGCGACUUACGUGGGGUAUUCGCGUUCCCCAGGACAACUCGCAAACCAUAUAUGUCUGGCUCGAUGCGCUCAUGAACUACGUUACCAAAGCCGGUUACCCGUGGGCUCCUGGUCGGGACAAUGCUGGUGGCUGGCCAGCUGACUGCCAUGUCAUUGGCAAAGACAUUGUCCGUUUUCACUGCAUCUACUGGCCUGCGUUUCUGAUGGCCCUCGGCCUUCCACUCCCGAAGAAGAUACUAACCCACGCGCAUUGGACUCUGGGAGGAUCGAAGAUGUCCAAGUCUACCGGACGAGUCGUUGAUCCCUUUCUUGCUUUAGAUCGGUUUGGUCCAGAUGUGAUGCGUUACUACCUAGCGCACGAUGGCGGUAUCCAAGACGAUGGCAAUUACGAUAACGUUCAGAUCAUCAAGCUGUACAACAACUUUUUAUGGGCUCAGGUCGGCAAUCUCGUGUCACGCAUCACACGAGGGAAGAAAUGGAGCGUACGAGGCGCAAUUGAACGCAUAGGCCCUUUGCCUGCUUCGGAGUGGGCCGAGGGUCCAGGCUCCCGUUUCUACAACACUUUGUCAACGUUUCCAUUGAACAUCGCAGAGUCGCUCGAUGCACAUGAUCCUCGUCGCGCGGUUCGCCUCAUUGCGGACCUCAUCAGAUCAUCGAACCAGUAUUUCCAGAUGUCCGAGCCGUGGAAAAAGAUUCUCGAAUACGGUCCUGGUGAACCGGGUGAAGAGGUUGAUAGAAUCGUGUACCUAGCCACAGAAGCUUUGCGCAUGGCCGGUAUUCUCCUACAGCCGUACAUGCCGAACAAGGCGAAGACUAUGCUCGAUCAGCUAGGCGUAGACGAUACACGGCGCACCUUCGAAUAUUGCGCAGUCGGACGCGAUCUACAUUAUGGAACGCCGAAGAUCGACUUGGGCGUGAAGUAUACAGGCGCGCUGUUUCCGCCUUUGCCAAGCGAAGAGUAG